AUGGGCUUCAAUCAGAGUGGGAUGAAAUACGUCUUGAAGAAGAACAUCGAGGAGUGUGUGGUUCGAAUCAAGCACCAAGUGAUCAAGUCCUACAGGCAGCAUGUCGUUCACGUCCACCAGCUGAAGUAUUGUUUGACGGCCCUAAACAUAGCAGAAAUAGAGCUGAAGCGAUCCGUUCACAAGGACAGCGAGGCUUUCCAGAAAAUA